AUGGAUGUCCCUUUCUCCCCGGGGAGCGGCAACUCUCUCAUGAGCCUGCUCCUCGCCGCCGUUGUGCCGUUCCUGUGCCUGCGGGCCUUCACCUUCCUUUUCCACGCCUGGCCCAACUUUUUUUAUCGGUGGCUCACCUCGUACUUUGAUAGGCAAGUUGCCAUGGUCAUGGCGCGAGUGAACCCCAAUCGCGUUAUCCAGGACGAUGUGAUGAUUCGCAGCAUUAUGGGAUACGUCUCCUACUGCUACGCGCGCGGCGUGCAGCGCGGCGCCGACGCGUGCGAUGCCGUCGCCACGGCGGACUACGAGUACAGCUUUCUCUUUGACAAGUCGGACAUGUUCGAAGAGGACUGGGUGCCCUACUCGCCACGCUUCCGCUCGCUCUUCGGACGCGUGAUUGCCUCUUGCAUGCAACUUUCCGUUGUCCCCAGCCACGGGCAUUCCAUCCAAGUGGAGCCCGGGCUCUUCGUGCGCUUUCUUCCGAACAGGUACGCCCGAGGUGGCGGCAGAGACGAAGAUGGGCGGUGGUCGGAGGAGAGCCAGCAGAGCUCGGAGUGCCCUAACCGUGGUAAACGGCCUGGUGCCGCGGCAGGCGAGCUGAACCAGGUUGACAAGCUGAACAUGUACAUGUUCUACAGCAUGCGCAGGUACGCGCAAAACAUGGAUGAUCAUCCGGAGCCGUGCGUGGAUGGCAGAGCAGAUGCGCUCAUCUCCGAGGAGCGCCCCUUUGACCCCGGGGCGCAGAGCAAUGCAGACCAAGGCAGGGGCGGCGGUGGCGGCAGCAGCAACAGCAGCACGCAGUCGGAGUCGACCUUUUUUGAGGACCCCAAACAGCCACCUGAAGAGCACAUCGUCGUGCUCGAGUAUCGUCGACCGCUCCCACACGAGCAUUCACAGGCUCUAUGCAACAGCAGCGACACCCAUGGCGGCGCUAGCAAGUACGACGCAUCGCAGUCGGCGGAAGACAUGAUUGAAGGCUUUCUGGGGCGUGUCCACAGGUGGUACCUGGGGCACGUGGCGCAGAGGAAGCGAGCAGCGCCCUUGGUGAUCUAUCCGUCGCUGUUGAUGGCACAACUCAAGAAGAUGGGCACCGUGGCACCAAAAAUGCACUAUAUAGAUCCACAUGCCGAGUUCUCCGGAAAGUACUAUGUGCUAGAAAGUGCGGCACUGGGGAGCGAGGAAAGCAUGGGCGCGGCGGCUGCCAGCUCCGCAUCAUUUUCUGUGAAGGCGGGAACGAAAGCAGGCGACAGCACCAUCGUCACCGCCGCGCGGAAACUGGCAACGACGCCGACGGGAGGUCACGUGGGCCUUCGCGGCGCCGAACUGUCAAGCGAGUCGCGAGGCAAAACAUUCAACUCGCUCUUCUUUCCUGGAAAGACACGCGUCCUGUCGAUGAUUGACGACUUUGUGGAGGAGCGUGGCCGCUUCGGUGUGCCGGGAGUCGUACCUCGGCUUACCUUCUUCCUGUACGGAGCACCUGGCACGGGCAAGACGUCGUUUGUGAAGGCUCUGGCGCGGCAUCUGCGGCGCAACCUCGUGGUGGUCUCCAUGAGCGAGAUCAUCACGGUGAACGAGUUGCAGAGAGUUCUGCAGCCCUUCGACAUGGAGCUGAGAGAGGGUGGGGAAAGCCGCAGCAGGGAUGCAGGGUCUCUAAGCGUCUGCCCGCAUCAGUCCGUGUACGUCUUCGAAGACUUCGAUGCGAUCGGUGACGCCUGGGAGGCGUUGAUAAAGAUGCAAGCGCGGCAGAGGAAACUGGCGGAGGAGCGACAGCUGGGGAAGUCGACGAAGUCCUCUGGCGGCAAGGUGAGAGGCAGCGAUGACGGUGAUGGUGGCAAGUCGCAGGCAGCUUCACCUUCCUCGUCUGCGGGCUCAAGAUCUGGCGAGUCUUUCGACAGUCACGAGGACGACGGCAGCGACAGCGACGACGGCGACUCGGAGUGCAGGGACACGUUUCUAUUGAGAGAUAGCUUGCCAGAGGAGCUCACCCGCGACCAUCUCACGGUAGAGCGCUUCAUUGACCUCUUCAACGGCUUGAACCUGCCCGACUCCUUCAUCGCCGUCUUCACCACGAAUCAUCCAGAGAGGAUCAACCCGCUCAUCGCGUCCUCGUCCGUGAUGGAUGUGACGUUGAACAUGGGGAUGCUCGACGAGGAAUGUGCGACGCAGAUGGUCGAGCACUACUAUGCUGCCGAGCUCGACGAUCAAACGGUGGACGGCGGCGGCCGACGGCACCUCUCCAUCUCACAGCUUGAGGCUCUGCGUGCGGCACUGCGGGUGUUUAAUGUCGGCUCCACUGGACUAAGUGGGGCGCUGUUGGAGAAGAUGUGCGUCGAGUGCGACACAGUCGCGGCCUUGACGGCACGGCUGCGCUCAGUGGACUCUUCUGACUCGGUGGACGUGUUUUAG